UUUUGUUAUAAGCCGUUAGUGUCUUUUGGAUUGUUCACCGUUUUCUUGGACGACUCCAUAGAACCCCACGGGGCUAUGCUUUGAAGAGAAGUGGAUCAAGUAUCAUGCAUUCAAUAGAAGUAAUACCUCACUCGUAGUGAAACAAAUUCUCAUAUUUAUCCGCUGAGCGUACAAAACAUCUUUUCUCUCUCACUUCUUCUCACUAUUCACGAGACCAAAAACUCACAAUCUCAUCACCAAAAUGUCGUCCUCAGAUAUCCGCGUCGAACCAAUCACCAAUCCAAACGACUUCACGCAGGCGUUCAAGGCUGUCGCGAAUGCAUUUGGCCACCAAACCCGCGAUGCCAUCUGGAUGGCCUUUAACCCUGGCUGGGACACUUCCGAGGGUGAAAAGGUCGGUGCUCAACGUCUAGUCGAUCGCUUUUCCCACAUCACCAAGAACCGCGACGGUCAGCCCAACACCAUUUUUGUAAAAGCCACCGUCGACAACACCAUCGCUGGCCUCGCGAUAUGGGAACAGGCCUCUGUUGUACCAGGCUAUGGCAAUCCUCCCAGUGAUCUUGAAGCAGCGGGUUACUUCAAGAUGUUGUACCCCGAGAACGAGACGGAGCAGAGGUUUCUUGCUCAGGCGGAUAAGUCACUUUUUGGGCGACGAAUUGAGAUUAUCAAUGAAAAGGCUACGGCGUCUCCCCCUGCAAUUUUUGUAAUGGAUCUUUGUGCUGUUGAUCCCAAGUUUCAGAAGAGGGGACUUGCGUCUAAGAUGGUGCAGUAUGGUCUUGAUGAGGCCAAGAGAAGGAAUUUGGAGUGUGUUACUGAGGGAUCGACAAUGGGAAGGUCGGUGUAUUUGAAGUUGGGCUUUAAACAGGAGGGGCCAGAGACUGUCUAUAACAUGGAUUAUGAGUUCAAGGAUAGGGAUUUACCAUCGAAUGUCGUUCUAAGAACAGGCAUUUAAAACAUCAAAGCAAAUAGAAUAGUAAAAA